AUGAGGAACGUGACUGACCAGAGUGGUUGCUACAGACCUGUGAGCAUCCAGGGAAACAAGGUCAGUUACAGGGGCACUUGCCAAGGAAACCCUGAAAAGGGGCCAAAAAGAUUGCAGAAGAGAUUUCUCCACAAGGAUGGAAGCUGCAAUGUCUACUUCAAACACAUCUUUGGGGAAUGGGAGAGCUAUGUAGUGGACAUAUUUACCACACUGGUGGACAUCAAGUGGCGCCACAUGUUCGUGAUAUUCUCAUUGUCCUAUGUGCUCUCCUGGUUGUUCUUUGGACUUGUUUUCUGGCUGAUAGCAAUCCACCAUGGAGAUUUAUUCAAUGAUGAAGAGAUAACCCCCUGUGUUUCCAACGUGCACAGCUUCACAGGAGCAUUCCUGUUCUCCCUGGAAACCCAAACCACCAUCGGUUACGGUUACCGCUGCGUCACAGAGGAGUGCUCGGUGGCAAUCCUCAUGGUCAUCCUCCAGUCAGUGUUGAGCUGCAUCAUUGACACCUUCAUCAUUGGAGCAGCACUGGCUAAAAUGGCCACAGCUCGGAAAAGAGCCCAAACCAUUCGUUUCAGCUACUAUGCUGUGGUUGGCCUAAGGGAUGAGAAGUUUUGCCUCAUGUGGCGCAUCGGAGACUUUCGCCCGAACCAUAUGGUGGAAGGGUCUGUGAGAGCUCAACUGCUGCGCUACAAGGAGGACAAGGAGGGCAGAAUGACCAUGGAAUACAGGGACUUGAAGCUUCUCAAUGACCAGAUCAUACUUGUCACCCCUGUGACUGUUGUACAUGAGAUUGAUAGUGAGAGUCCUUUGUACGGCCUAGACCGAAAAGCUCUGGCCAAGGACAACUUUGAAAUCUUGGUGACCUUUGUCUACACAGGUGAUUCAACAGGAACUUCACAUCAGUCAAGGAGCUCCUAUGUCCCCAGAGAGAUUCUUUGGGGCCAUAGGUUUAAUGAUGUCUUGCAUGUAAAGAAAAAGUACUAUAAGGUGGACUGCUUACAGUUUGAAGAGACCACAGAGGUUUAUGCUCCUCACUGCAGUGCAAUGCAGCUGGAGAGGAAGGAGCAAGAAUGGACCCAAGCUGAGAAGACAAGGGAGAAAGAAGCAGAGAAAUCAGCACUGGAGCUGAAGUCAUUUAGUACUAACCAAAAGUCCUUUAGUGCAGUUGCUCUCAUCACCAGUUGUGAAGAUCCAGAAGAUCCAGUGCCAAGCUCCCAUCAGCCUUCUGCAGAGGUUUCCUAUCGCAAAGCAGCUGUGACCUUAAACAGGCUCUCAGUAGAGUCCCAAAUCUAG